CUAUUGAUAACUUAUAUUUAGAGUUGUUCUUCAAUGAGAGAGAGAGGGAAACUAAGAAAAAGAGAUAGAUAGAGAGGUUAAGAAAUGGAGAAAAAAGGGAAGAAAAGAAUUGUGUUGGUUCCGGUUCCAGCACAAGGUCAUAUAACCCCAAUGAUGCAACUUGGGAAAGCCCUUUACUUGAAAGGCUUCUCAAUUACAGUUGUUGAGGGACAGUGCAAUCGAGUAAGCUCUCCUUCACAACAUUUCCCUGGUUUUCAGUUUGUUACCAUACCAGAGAGCUUACCAGAGUCUGAAUUCGAGAGACUCGGGGCAUUCAAUUUCAUACUGGAGACCAACAAAACAAGUGAGGCAAGCUUCAAGAACUGUUUAAACCAGUUGUUGCGGCAGCAAGGCAAUGAUAUAUCAUGUAUCAUCUAUGAUGAGUACAUGUACUUCUGUGGUACUGUAGCUACGGAAUUAAAGCUUCCCAACGUCAUUUUGUGCACUCAAAGUGCUACAAACCACGCUGCACGCUGUAUUUUUAGCAAACUUAAUGUCGAGAAGUUCUUGGUCGGCAUGGAAGAUCUACAAGACAAGGUGGUGGAAAGUUUGUAUCCUAUAAGAAACAAAGAUCUCUUGCCUUACGGACUUGGGCCAUUUGAGCCACUUUUAGAGUUUCGUCGGGAAGCAAUCAACAAAAGAACAGCUUCAGCUGUCAUCUUUAACACGUCGAGAUGUCUAGAGAGCACGUCUAUGUCAUGGUUGCAACAAGAACUUGGAAUUCCAGUGUAUCCAUUAGGCCCUCUUCACAUUACAGCUUCAGCGCCGGGAUCUAGUUUAGCGGAAGAUGACAUGAGCUGCAUUGAAUGGCUCAACAAGAAGAAACCGAGGUCAGUCAUAUAUGUAAGCGUGGGAACAGUAACUCAAAUGGAAUCCAAAGAAGUGUUGGAGAUCGCUUGGGGGUUGUGUAAUAGCAACCAACCGUUUUUAUGGGUCAUCCGACCAGGUUCGAUCCUUGGCUUCGAUGGGAUAGAUUCAUUGCCCAAAGAAGUCAGUAAAAUGGUCUUAGAAAGAGGAUACAUUGUGAAACGGGCACCGCAGAUAGAAGUACUUGGACAUCCUGCAGUGGGAGGCUUCUGGAGUCACUGUGGAUGGAACUCGACGCUGGAGAGCAUUGUGGAAGGAGUUCCAAUGAUUUGCAGACCUUUUACCAGCGAGCAGAAGAUAAACGCAACGUAUUUGGAAAGUGUUUGGCAAAUAGGGAUUCAACUUGAAGGUAUAGUUUUAAGAGGAGCGGUCGAGAGAGCUGUGAAUAGGUUGAUUGUGGAUGACGAAGGUGCAGAGAUGAGGGAGAGAGCCUUGGGUUUGAGAGAGAAGCUCAAAGCCUCUGUAAGAUGUGGAGGCUCCUCAUACAGAGAAUUGGAGGAACUUGUCAAGCACUUAAAGACAGAGUGAAGAAGUUGAACUUUAAGUAUUAUUAGAGAUCAUUGUAUUGUUAUGGAACAUGCUUGAUCUUGCAAAUUUUACAAAGUACAUGUGUUUUGUUUUAUGGAAAAUAAAAAGAAAUUGGAAUCAAAUACGAAAAUAUUUUUUGGCAGUUUA